AUGGCCAAUUCAACAUCCCCAGACAUACUUAAUUUCUGCUUUCCGCUCGACCUGUCGAGGCUGGAGAAUGACCAGCUGCGGUUGGUGCCAUUUGAUCUCAGUUUUCAGCCACUAGCAGAAGCAUACGUGAAGCAGACCUCCGAGACACCAGAAAUAUUUGAGAACUACCCUUGUGGUCCAUUCGAGAGUGUUGAUGCAUAUGAACGCUGGUACAUCGAGCGAGUGCGCGCACCCGCGUCGGUCAUCGUCUUUGCCAUCGCCUUGAAAGCGGGCGUUGUUAGAAAACGCCAACCCGGCUCAGACGAGGUUGAAGAGCUGCAAGUCGAGGAGGGUACCCUUGCAGGGACCACGGGGAUCUUAAACGCCAGUACGGAGAAUGCAGCGGCUGAAAUCGGCCAUGUUGUGAUUCUUCCCCGAUUCCAGCGCACCUUUGUGGGCACGACUGCCCACGCGCUACUCCUGAAUUAUCUACUGAAUCCACGGCCAGAGGGACUGCAUCUCCGUCGCGUGCAGUGGCAGGCAUUUAGCGAGAACCACUCCUCGAUUGCCGCGGCUCAGCGGCUGGGGUUUCAGUUCGAGGGGAUCGUUCGUUGGCAACGAGUGUUACCCGAGGGGAAGAAGGGAGUCUCGACUGGUGGGAUGGAUGACAAGAUUCCGAACACAGAUCCAACCGGCCGAGUGAGGCUGGGACCUGGUUGUCACUCGGCGGUAUUGAGUUUGUGUUGGGAUGAUUGGGAGAACGGGGGGAGGGAGAGACUCAAUGGUUUGACGAGGAGAUAUGCUAGUUGA